AACCUUUGUAAGUGAGCACAAAUGAAAACUAGCUCUUUAAGAUACCAGUUUAUGGGGCGGUCUGGUAACGGGUUAAUCCUAUUUGGUUUGGCUUCCGAAGCUGUCAAUCAGAAUGACGUCAUUGUUGAUCAGGUUACUCGGGAGACGUACAUUUAUUUGCCAGCCAGGUAAUGAGGAAAAGGAAGUCUCCGGAAACUAACCCUGGUAGCCCAGGAGGGGAAAACCAUGCACCCUGCAGAGGCUGCAAAGCCCUUAAUUAAAUUCAACCACUGUAAGAAAUACAUCUACGGCUUCAGUGUGCCCCAGUGCUGCCCCCUCUGCCAGCAAGUCAUGAGCUCGAGGAAGCUGGAGGAAGCACCUGUCAGCAUCUCCAAUCCCUUUACCAAUGGGCAUCAAGAAAAAUGUUCGUUCCUCCUCAGACCAACUCAAGGGACGUUUCUUAGGGAGUACGAUGGAAGGUCUGAUCUUCACGUGGGAAUAACCAACACACAUGGAAUUGUGUAUAAUUACACCAUGCACGGGGUCCAGCGAGAUGAAGCAGGGUGGGAGCAGAGUGUAAGCAUCCCUUUACUGCAGCCUGGCAUGUAUGGACUGAUGGAUCAGUGGGACAAGUACCUGGAAGACUUCUCCACCUCGGGAGCCUGGCUGCCUCAGAGGUAUGAAGAAGACCAUCACAACUGCUACAGUUACACCCUCACGUUCAUUAACUGCGUUCUGACCACAGAAGGCAAGGGGCAACUGGACAAGGGUGAGUUCACGGAAAAGUACGUGGUUCCGAGGACAAGGAAGGCUUCCAAGUACAUCACACUCUACCGAGGGAUAGAGGAGCAUGGCUUCUACGUGACCGACUGCCCUGAGGAAGAGACAAACCCUUCUGAGGGGCGCGGUGUGUGCUGAGUGUGCCGUAUGCCAGCAGAGGGUUAGCUCGGAACUUCCUACGAUUAGUAGAUACUAGAGAUUUUUAGGUGGGUUAAACUGUGCUUAAUACCAAUGUGUUAUGACUUUAUGUUUAGCAUAUUUCCACUUACUGCAGUAUAAGAAUUUAUAAAAUUAAUAAAGAUUGUCCUGUUUUUAAAAAAUGUCUUAUU